GGGCGGGUUUGGGGAAGGCCCCCACCCUCCUCCGUCCUCUGGAGGAGCCUGGUCCUCACUCCUGGUGCUGAGUGUCCCCCAGGGCCCCCACAGGCCUCCCCUCUGGCCUUGAGGGCUCUGCCUGUCCUCUCACCCGGGAGGGGGGCAAGGCCAUGGGGCUGGCCCUGCUGCUGCCCCUGCUGCUCCUGGCGUCUCUGCAGGCUGGUCACUGGGCACAGAGAAAUCCACAGGCUGUCUUUGGGAUGAAGCAACGAAGGCAUCUCUCAGCCCCCGAGGGUGGCUCCAUUCACAUCCCCUUCUCCUUCUCUUACCCUGGGAAAUUAGCCAAGGAUCCCAACGUGAGAAUAUCCUGGAGAUGGAAACACUUCCAUGGGGAGUUCAUCUACAACAUGACCCCUCCAUUCAUCCAUGAGAAUUUCAAGAACCGGCUCUUCCUGAACUGGACAGAGCCAGAGAAGACCGGCUCCCUCCAGAUCUCAGACCUGCGGAGGGAGGACCAGUCUGUGUACUUCUGCCGGGUGGAGCUCGUCACACUGACAUACGGCAAGCAGCAGUGGCAGUCCAUCGAGGGGACCAACCUCACCGUCACCCCCGGCCGCAAGACAACCACCCAGAACCCCACCACCACGGCUGCCGCCACUGCUACAACUAGCCUUAGGAACUCAGAGAGUGGAAAGAGCCCGCAGUCUUGGCUCCAGAGUACGGAAGCUAUAGUCGGGUUGGCACUGGCCAGCGCUGCGCUCGUAACCACAAUUGUGGGGCUGAUUGUGUACUUUAGAUGCAAGAGAAGCAAAAGUGCGCAGACUGAAGCCAGGACCCCAGCCAGGGAGUCCUCCCAAAACUCGGAAGAGAAUUACGAGAACACCGGGAAUAAAGGACAACAUGUAGACCCCAAGCCAGAUGCCAAGGAUGAUGGUGGUGGCAGCGGAGGAGUCCUCUACGCCUCCCUCACGCUCUCUACGUUAAACUCACCAGCAACAGCAGCGCCUCCCUUGCCCCGUCCCCAAGAGGGCCCCCAGGAAGAGACCCUAUACUCUAUCUUAAAGGCCUAAGCAGUGGGACUGAGUGGGGACCUCCUUCGAGUCAGCUGCGCACAGGGAUCUCAGCUCCUCAUAAUCUCCCUGGCCAGACGCAGACAGCUCAGAGGCCGGCAGGUGCCGGGCCACCAAGGACCUGAGAGUCACACAGCCCCCGCCCCGAUUCCCUCUUCACCUCCCCAGCCUUUCACCACAAAAAUAAAAGGACCUGUGCAAUCUGCCUGAAUGCAUCUGCGGAGAAAGCUGACGUCACCUUCAACUUCUGUCCUUCCGGAAGCUGAAAAAAAUGAACCAUGAUAAAUAGCUCACACCCAGAUCCCUCCCCUAGUACUUCUGUUCAGUGACUGCCUCAGGCCAGAGACAAAUAAAUCCCCAAACAGUGGUAAUCAAUCUGGAACCCAAGGUCCGUCCCCCUAAUCUAACCCUUCUACUUUCCGUAGGAUAAUAACUAGCACGUGUCGUGUUCGUGCUUUACGUGCAUGGCCUCAUUUCAGCAUCAUCAGCCACUCUAUAUGGCACUGGAUGCACCAUUCGGGACAGGAAAACAAGAACCAGAAUGGUCACAGCGCUUUCCCCGAAGCCAUGUUACCAGUAAGUGGCUGAGGCAGGCUGUGAACCCAGACCUGCCCUCUCGAUCUCCUUCUCCUAAGGCUCAGGUGUCAUCGCCUCCCCAGAUCCGUAUACUGACAGGUCUCCCACCAGAAGGCACCAUGUGCCCAGUGACACGGAGAAGAGGAAGAAGCCAAAAAACACCAAGUGGUUAGAGACAAACCAAACCAAGUAAACCAGUAACCUGGUUUAUUAACAUAAACUGCACAACUCUGACUUUAGCCAAGUAAGCUCACAGCCAAUGAACAACCCCAACACUUAUCAGCUUCUUGGGGAUCCUGAGAGGCUCUUCACCCAGGAAGGAGUGACAGAGAAGGAAGGAGGCACAAGUCCACAGCUAUUCCUCACAGAAGGCCACAGCGAGCUCCCCUGUGUCAACUCUGUGCUGCGGCUCCUCCCUCGGCUCCAGCUCUUCUCCAACAUCUCCCAUGAGCUGGUCCAGAUCCAGGUCACUGGAGGCUCCAUCAUCACAAGGGACACUUCCAGCAUCCUGGGGUUCAGGCCCCUCUUCCCCACCAAGACGGGCCCCACGAGCAGCUGGUGGGGUCGGGACUUCUGGCACUAGUCUAGCUUCUCUUUCUUCAGAUAGGCUGCUUACUGAGGCUUUGCUUUGGGGAGCUUUAAAUUUUUUCUUAGGGUCUAAAUGAAAAAGUGACAAAACUGAGAGUCUUAUCAGGUCAUCUGUCCUCACCUUGUAUAAGUCCAACUCCUGAACUUUCUGUUUCCAAAACAAUCUCUGGGAAAAGAUGACCUUUCUUUAUAGAAAGAAAAUGGGGUUUGGAAUCAGAAAGACUUGGAUCCGUGGACCUUGAGAAAACUUUAAACCCUUUGAACCUCAGUCUCCUUAUCUUUAAAAUGGUAAAUACCCAGUGACAGAGACACUGAAAGAACUAAAGGGACGGUGUGAAGUAUCUACCCAGCUGGCCCACAAAAACACCAAUAAAUGUUACUUCUACCUCCUUACCAUUCUUGUGUCCCUGUAUGUCCCUGAAUAAAAUCAAAUAAUAACCAUAA